AUGGAACAGUCUUCGCAGAGCACCGCACAGCAGCAAGGUAGACAGCAGCCAGUGUAUGACACCAGGAACGGCGGACAUUAUGGUGCCAGUGCUGCGCUUUCAGCGCAGGGGUAUGCCCCCGUCGCUGAGCUUUAUACGGGGACCUGGGCAAAUGUCAAUCAAGGGCUACAAGGCACAGCCCGCGACAUACUAACGACCUAUUGGCAACACAUUAUCAACCAUCUCGAAUCGGACAAUCAUGACUACAAAAUUCACCAAUUGCCACUGGCCCGUAUAAAAAAGGUCAUGAAGGCAGAUCCCGAGGUGAAGAUGAUAUCCGCGGAAGCGCCUAUAUUAUUUGCGAAAGGCUGCGAUAUCUUCAUUACAGAACUCACUAUGCGGGCUUGGAUACAUGCUGAAGAUAACAAGCGACGCACGUUGCAAAGAUCAGAUAUCGCAGCGGCCUUAUCGAAAUCUGAUAUGUUUGAUUUCCUGAUUGACAUAGUGCCUCGUGAAGAAGCAACAUCGCAUGCGAAACGGUCGAGCCAGACAACCGCAGGUGCUGCAGGUUCCUCUGCUGCGACAGGUGCCCAACUGCCGCCUUCUCAACAUGGUGUUCAACAUCCUCCGCACCAUAUGGGUCCCCCAGAUUACGGUUCUCUGGGACAGCAUGGCAUGGGACAAGACCAAGAAUAUCGACAGCCAACGAUGUACGGGGGAGCCGUUCAGUCGGAUCCGACGGCCGCAUAUGGACAGCCGCAAUCCCAAAUUUUUGAAGGAAUGUACAAUCCUUAUCCACAUCUUCCGCCACAGCAGGUAUGCCAAAACUCUUCUUAA